GAACUAGAGGCGGGGACCCGGUUUCCAGCCGGUUGCGGAGAGACGAGCGCUUCCGGGGACUGGAGCGUGCGCGCUGAGGUAUACGGAACGCGUGCGGGGUCUCUUCCGGAGUCUUUUCCUGGACGGGGUACCUGCGGCGGGUGUGUUUCGGCCUGGCCUGGGCAGGCGCUUGUGCUGCCAGGGCGCCGGGCCCGGGGAGGCCGGGGUCUCGGGUGGCCGCCGGCCCAGGCGCUGGACGGCAGCAGGAUGGGGAAGGCGAAGGUCCCCGCCUCCAAGCGCGCCCCGAGCAGCAGCCCCGUGGCUAAGCCGGGUCCUGUCAAGACGCUCACUCGGAAGAAAAACAAGAAGAAAAAAAGGUUUUGGAAAAGCAAGGGGCAGGAAGUAAGCAAGAAGCCAGCAAGCGGCCCCGGUGCUGUGGUGCGACCUCCAAAGGCACCAGAAGACUUUUCUCAAAACUGGAAGGCGCUGCAAGAGUGGCUGCUGAAACAAAAAUCUCAGGCCCCAGAAAAGCCUCUUGUCAUCUCUCAGAUGGGUUCCAAAAAGAAGCCCAAAAUUAUGCAGCGAAACAAAAAAGAGACCUCACCUCAAGUGAAGGGAGAGGAGAUGCCGGCAGGAAAAGACCAAGAGGCCAGCAGGGGCUCUGUUCCUUCAGGUUCCAGGAUGGACAGGAAGGUUCCAGCACCUCGCACCAAGGCCAGUGGAGCAGAGCACAAUAAGAAAGGAACCAAGGAGAGGACAAAUGGUGAUGUUGUUCCAGAACGAGGGGACAUCAAGCACAAGAAGCGGAAAGCUAAGGAGGCAGCCCCAGCCCUACCCACCGAGGAAGACAUCUGGUUUGACGACGUGGACCCGGCGGAUAUCGAAGCUGCCAUAGGUCCAGAGGCGGCCAAGAUAGCGAGGAAGCAGUUGGGUCAGAGCGAGGGCAGCGUCAGCCUCAGCCUCAUGAAAGAGCAGGCCUUCGGCGGCCUGACAAGAGCCUUAGCCUUGGACUGUGAGAUGGUGGGCGUGGGCCCUAAGGGGGAGGAGAGCGUGGCCGCCCGUGUGUCCAUCGUGAACCAGUAUGGGAAGUGCGUUUAUGACAAGUACGUCAAACCAGCCGAGCCUGUGACGGACUAUAGGACAGCGGUCAGUGGGAUUCGGCCUGAGAACCUCAAGCAGGGAGAAGAGCUUGAAGUUGUUCAGAAGGAAGUGGCAGAGAUACUGAAGGGCAGAAUUCUAGUGGGCCACGCUCUGCAUAAUGACCUAAAGGUACUGUUUCUUGAUCAUCCAAAAAAGAAGAUUCGGGACACACAGAAAUAUAAGCCUUUCAAGAGUCAAGUAAAGAGUGGAAGGCCGUCUCUGAGACUACUUUCAGAGAAGAUCCUUGGGCUCCAGGUCCAGCAGGCAGAGCACUGUUCGAUUCAGGAUGCCCAGGCAGCAAUGAGGCUGUAUGUCAUGGUGAAGAAGGAGUGGGAGAGCAUGGCCCGAUACAGGCGCCCCCUGCUGACCGCUCCAGACCACUGCAGUGACGACGCCUAGCAGUCCUGCCGUGCUGCUGCUGCCACCCUGCUACAGAGGCAAUAUGACCAGUCACUGGGACAGAUCACAUCUCCCCAGAGUGGCAACUCUGGUGAAACCUUUUCAGAAUCAUGGCAGAGGGGCAUGGCAUGGUGCUACUGAGAACGUCCUCCUUCCUCUUGACUUUGUGGUCUGAAACCUGGUCUUACUCUCCAUGUGUGUUUGGGCCCGGAUGGUCAGGGUGGGGAGCAGGGACUGCCAUGGGCAUGCCUGGCCACGUUUUACCGACUGCUGACCCCCUGGGCGAGGCGAGGAUGGGGCCUGUGGGCCGCCAGCCCGUACGGUGCUGUCACCGCCCAUCUUCGGUGACACCUGGGGUGAGGUACUCAGCACCUUCCUCUCGGGGAGCCACAUUUUCCUCCUUUGUCUUAGGGGACAUAACAAGCUCUGCUAGGCUUGAGGGACCCAGACCAGGUGUCUGCAGUCAGCUCCUGAGACAGCUGGCCGGCACAACAGGUGUUCCAUCCGGGGUUUCCCGUGGCCGUUUGGACUUUGAGCGUUUAUCUAAAUUAAAUUGGCCCAGGGUUGGCUGGUGGGUCACCCAGCAGAGGCUUCUCCCCAUAGCACGAGGAUGCGUCGCCCGGGCACGGUGACCGCGGUUAUUCCUGGAGGUCGGCAGACAUGCUGACCUUGGGCUAUUUGAGCUGGAUAAGCUAUGUGAUGCUAGCCGGUGGCUUUUUGGGCUAGGCCCCAGUUUGAGGCUCCCCUGGGAACUAGAGUCAGGAACAGCUAGUGGCACUGACAAAGGGAUGGAAUCCAAGGCGUUAUUGGGCCACCUGACAGCUGGAUGGAAAAGGUGCAGACGCACCGAGGAUGUGAUUUAAAAUAAAUGCAGAUGUUUACUUUGAAUGGA